AGUCGUUUCAACUCAUCUAGAGAUACUUGUACUUUGUACAAGGGCUUAAAAUAUACCAGAGUUAUGUUUCGUAGUUGAUUUCGUCACAUAAAACACAAUGUGAAAUGGUUAGCUUUAUAACUUUGUCAAAUAAUUUACUAGCUAUUGUCAAUCUUAAAUCAGUUUUACUAUAGAAAUUCAGAAAUUCCUGUCACGAUUCGGACGGCAUCAAAAACCUUUUGACUUGAACCAUGUCUGAUAACGAUGGUCCUAAUUAUGAUGAAACCUUUUUCGUUUUGGGCGAGUUGCAGGAUAUUUUUUAUUUUGCCAGCCUAGUUAUCAGCGGCCUCGGAGUCAUUCUGUGUUGCCUCACUUCUUUUAUCUACUUCAAGAAGGAACACAAACAAAGCAAGGAUAUCUACUCUUGUGCGCUGGCAUUCUGCGAUGCUCUUUGCAAUGCCACCGGAGUUCUGUUUACCCUAUCCCGAUUAUCCAGUUGGGGUUACACUCACUUAUCCUGUGUGUCCGUAAUAUACCUCUGGCGUGCCAUCCCCACCCUCUCAUGGGCGCUGGUUCUGUCCAUAGCAGUGACUCGUUACUUCGCGGUUAUUAAGUACGACUUCUUCAAACGCAACUUCAGCAAGAAAGUGGUAGCGGUGAACAUGAUUGGUAUCGUGGUAUUCUCACUAAUAGCGGCCAUCCCUUUUCCCCUCGAGUGCAACAGAGUGAUCAAUGUAACGGAUGCUGAGUUAAAGGGAGCUACUAGACCCCAACCAGGAGACUACGUGUACACAAUCAACUCUGGCAUUUCGAUAGAUGCGAAUGAAGCCAGACAUCAGUAUGUGGCCUACUACAGACUGGCUCUUGUGAGCAUCAUAGCUUUUGCUCUCAUCUACCUCUACGGAAGAGUGAUCCACGACUUGAAGCGAAGGGCAACUGCCAGAAAGAGACUCACAGCACAACUCAGACGCGAGUCCCAGUCAAUGCAAAGGCUGGAGGAAGAUUCGUUACAGCGACAGAGAUCUGCCACUUUAGUGCACAACAUCAGCCUCCAACUAGACCAUCUGACCGCAUUCUUCACAGGAGCCACUGAGAAGGUGAAAAGUCAUCUGCAAGUUACGUUCGGCUUCUCAGACGACUCCGACUUGCGAACAGAAGUCAUGUUCAUCAACGUCGCAGUGUUUUUUGCCCUGACUAACUUGCCAUAUAUUGUGGUCGAAAUGAUAGACGACUUGAGAAAGGCAUACAACCCCAAUCCUAAAACAACCAGUCUAUUCCUUCUGAUUUUUGUAAUAGGCUUCAACUUAAACCCCUUUAUUUUCUACGUCUCAAACCCCUGGUUCAAAUCACAAAUGAACGCUAUUUUCUUAUAUCCUUGCAGAGGAAAAAAGCAAGAUAAAAAAGUUCAUCAAAAUGGUGUGACAGCGGACGACGAAAGUUCAGACGGCACCGAAAUGACGACAACCCAAGACGCGGAUUUGGAGUAGUGAGAUCCUUGAGUAAACUGAACGUCCUCCAACUUCCUAUGCUUGUAUGCUAUGCGUGGUAUCUUAUU